GCUGGGAAGUCUGCCAGGUGUGGAUUCCGCCGGCAAGGCGGCUUCUUUCGCGAUGCCAGGGGCAGCUGCCAAGGGCUCGGAGCUGUCCGAGAGGAUCGAGAGUUUCGUGGAGGCGCUGAAGCGGGGCGGCGGGCAGCGCAGCUCCGAGGACAUGGCCCGGGAGACUCUGGGGCUGCUUCGCCGCAUCAUCACGGACCACCGCUGGAGCAAUGCAGGGGAGCUGAUGGAACUGAUCCGCAGAGAAGGCCGGAGGAUGACGGCCGCGCAACCCUCAGAGACCACCGUGGGCAACAUGGUGCGGAGAGUGCUCAGGAUCAUCCGGGAGGAGUAUGGCAGACUCCAUGGACGCAGCGACGAGAGCGAUCAGCAGGAGUCUCUGCACAAACUCUUGACAUCCGGGGGCCUGAGCGAGGAUUUCCGUUCCCAUUAUGCUCAACUCCAGUCCAACAUCAUUGAGGCAAUUAAUGAGCUGCUGGUGGAACUGGAAGGGACAACGGAGAACAUCGCAGCCCAGGCUCUGGAGCACAUCCACUCCAAUGAGGUCAUCAUGACCAUCGGCUUCUCCCGCACGGUGGAGGCAUUCCUUAAAGAGGCUGCCAGAAAGAGGAAAUUCCAUGUCAUCGUUGCAGAGUGUGCACCUUUCUGUCAGGGUCAUGAGAUGGCAGUCAAUUUGUCCAAAGCAGAUAUUGAGACAACGGUCAUGACUGAUGCUGCCAUUUUUGCUGUUAUGUCAAGAGUCAACAAGGUGAUCAUUGGCACUAAGACCAUCCUGGCCAACGGUGCCCUGCGAGCUGUGGCAGGAACUCAUACUCUAGCGCUGGCAGCAAAACACCAUUCUACCCCACUCAUCGUCUGUGCUCCUAUGUUCAAGCUUUCCCCACAGUUCCCCAAUGAAGAAGAUUCAUUUCACAAGUUCGUGGCUCCUGAAGAAGUCCUGCCUUUUACAGAAGGGGACAUCUUGGAGAAGGUCAGUGUCCAUUGCCCCGUGUUUGACUACGUCCCUCCAGAGCUCAUUACUCUGUUUAUCUCCAACAUUGGUGGGAAUGCACCGUCCUACAUCUACCGCCUGAUGAGUGAACUCUACCAUCCUGACGAUCACGUCCUAUAACCACCACUCAUCCUAAGCAGAAGCUGCUUAGGCAAACACAGAACAGAGAGGAGAUUUCUGUGCCACGACUGAAGUGCAUCUUCCUUGUAAUGGGGGAGUGAACAAGAGUCAGCCUUGGAAAACCUGAUACUGUUUCCUGCCAUUUUGGUCAUCCCAUAACUGGGAUGCAUCUCCAGGACUGUUCUUUGCCUCUUGGAUCUUACAGAGCCAGCUGGGCUUGAUCUCUUGAUUUUGGAGCCUUUUAGUGACUUGGAGCAUCUGUUUCAGGAACUUAAACUUUGCCGUUCGGUGGUGUUUUAAACACGACACCAAAGACUUGCUGGGCUACAGGUUUUUGCUCAGAAAUGACUGCCACACCUUUUCCAAGGCCGUGCCAAUAAAAGCUGCUUG